AAGAAUGCGUCACUUUCGUUAUGGUUACAAAGGUGGUUGCUGUUGAUGGAGAAAUAACAAAAGAAGUUAAGUACAACACACACACACACACUGUCAAGUUCAGAUUCUCUUCCUCACUAAACUUGUUCAACUAAUCACAUGGCUGCAAAGCUUCUCCAUACAUUGGCAGAUGAAAACUCUGAUCUGCAGAAGAAGAUUGGAUGUAUGAAUGGGAUUUUCCAACUCUUUGAUCGCCACCAUGUUCGUAAAAGUCUUACUUUAGGUAAUGCACAUGUCAAUAGUAUCACCUUUGGACGAGACUCUGCGUUUCAGUUUCAAGACUCCAACGUUAUUAAUGCUACGAGCGAGAAACUAACAGAAUCUUCUUCAAGGGUUUCUUUCUCAUCCUCGUCGUGUUCAUCAUCUUCCCUGUUGUCAUCAGAGCUCAACAGAGAAGAAACUCAACCAGAAAUAUCACCCUAUGACCGGGUCAUUUACUCAGAAUCUCCCACUACUGAUCCAGUGAUGACCCGAGGAAAAGGUUUUGCUGCGCAUAUGGGACUUGAUCUUAGAGAUGUUGUUAGAGACUCUAUGUACAGAGAAGUCAGAGGAGGGCUUUCUGAAGUUUGUAGACACAAGAGAAGAGAGGAGGAUUCUCCAAGACCUUGUGGUUUCAAUGAUUCAUGCAAGGCUCUAGCCCAACUCAGGACAACAUCUCACCGUUGUUACUACAACGAGGUUGACAUUAAAGAUUCAUCUCACAAUAAGUUGAAAUCCGGGAAGAAGGAUGUGAAGGAGUCUCCUAGGCUUUCGCUGGAGAGUAUAGACCACGUUGAUCUCAAAUCAGGUAAUGGUAAUAAGCUUUCUUCUGAGAGUUUCAGUAGAAGCACUAGCAUGAACAAACAGCCACCUAGUGUUGUUGCAAAGCUAAUGGGUUUGGAGACAUUACCUGGUUCUCCAUUGGGGAGAGACAAGAUCAAAAACAUGUUUGAUGGUAACAUUGAUCCAUUCUCAAGGUCACCAAGAUGGAGAAGCUCUGAGUUUGUUAUGAAACCCUUGUCAAGUUUGAGAUUCCCCACUGAGCCAGCUCCAUGGAAGCAAACUGAUAGAAGAAGAAGCCUUAUCAAGCACAAGCCUCUUCUGUCGCAGUCAUUGGAGAGAAGGUUUAAAGGUGUUGAGUUUAAGCAUUCAGGAAAGGAGGAUCUCAGAGCUCUUAAUGUGAUGAUGUUAGAGGCAACGCAGAGAAAAAGUGUGUUUGGUUCUCGAAAGCAACCACAAUGCUCAAACUCAAGAGGUCUAGAGAACCAGGUGAUGAGGCCACACGCUAUGAGAGGACCGAUUGUGAUUAUAAAACCUGCAAGACUUGUUGAGAGAUCUGGUAUCCCUUCAUCAUCUCUGAUUCCCAUUCACAGUCUAAAUAGAGAAGAAGGAUCUGUGCAUGUUAAAAGAAACUCAACUAGUAAGAAGGUGGCAAAAGAACUUAGUACCAGUUCUGUUGAUAGCAAUUCUAGUAGAAGAAACGUACUGUCUUCUCAGGUUUCCAAAGGAAGCACUCUAAAGAAUUCAGAAUCUGCAAGUCCAAGAUUGCGUCAGGUGAAGAAUCAUGAGGAUGAAAAGUGUUCUCGGCCACCAACCACUUCAUCUGAUUCAAGCAAGUCAAGAAAGCAAACAAACAGACUACUGGAAGGUUCUACUACUUCUCCUGGUGGUAGGCGUAGACCCAGAGCUCAGAUGAGCUUGCAGCAAAAUAAUGACCAACAAUGUAGCACUGAAACAGAAGCCACCAUGAUAACCAGACAAGCUACUGAAGCAGGUGAUGGAAAGAGUCCAACUGUAAUAGAGGCAACCAAAGAAAACCAGUGGAAUCCAGCUUACAGCUUCUCAGAGACCGCAACUAGCUUUUCACCAGAGAUAAACUGGAAGAAGCUUCGGAACGUUGAGCACUUGGUUCAAAAGCUGAAAAGACUAAACUCUAACCACGACGAAACCAGCCAGGACUACAUUGCAUCGCUAUGCGAGAACAACGACCCCACCAACACCGAUCAAAGAUACAUAUCCGAGAUUCUGUUAGCCUCAGGUCUUCUCCUCAGAGACCUAGGCUCAGAGUUAACAACGUUUCAGCUCCACGCUUCAGGCCAUCCUAUCAACCCUGAGCUAUUCCUGGUUCUCGAGCAAACUAAAGGAAGCAGCAGCAGCAGCAGGAGUAAUGAGAAGCUCAACCGCAAACUUGUGUUUGAUGCAGUUAAUGAAACGCUCUUGAAGAAGUUAGUUUUUGAAGAUCCUUGGACGAAGCUAUGUAAAGCGAUGAAGAGGAAGGUGUUAAGCGCGCAACAGCUAUUGAAAGAAGUAUGUUCAGAGAUAGAAACAGUGAAAAAGCAAGCCGAGAAACGAUCAGAGAUAGAAGAAGAAGACUUCUUGAAAUGUAUACUGGAUGAAGAUGUAGCGACUCGAUCUGAGAAAUGGACAGACUUUGAUGAUGAUGAUGUAGUACCGUGUUUAGUGCUGGACUUAGAGAGGCUUCUCUUCAAGGACUUGGUGAGCGAAGUUGUGCAUGGUGAGAUUGAUUCGGCUGCAGCUGCAAGCAACUUCAUGCAGACGACUAGUUAGUGAUUUAUAAGCUCUGUAUUCAAAAGCCAUAUAUAUAAAUAAUACAAAGUCAAAUGUCAUGAAAACAUUACAACUUUGAAUAUAAAGGAUCCGCUUCUAGUU